UUGCCCGAUUUCAGGUAUUUGAAUCAGAAUCCGGAGAACGCAGGUUUGUACCCGAAACUUAAAAGCAUUGACGCAGCCACUAUUGAUCAAACUUGCAGUAAUCCGGGAUUCGAGGCCGUAGCUGGCAACUAUUUGAAGGUGUUUGACGACAUCAUAAGUACAGUUGAAGAAAAACCUGGUGACGUACAGCAGGCAUGCGAUCGUCUGAUGGCAGUGGGAAAAAUGCAUCGCACUAAGGUUUCCGGUAUGCAGAACAGUGCCUUUCAAAAUAUGGAGGACCCCUUCCUCAACAUGGUGAAGGAAGCACUACAGGACCGCUUCAACGAGAAGGCAGAGGGCCUGUUCAGAAAGUUUUUCCAGUUCUGCCUCAAAUACCUGCAGGAGGGUUUUAACGGUUAA